CGUUCAAAACCGCAUCACGACGUCCAACUACUAACCCCCAGCACACACAUACAACCGCAACCAUGGGAAAAGGCAAGCCAAGAGGUCUCAACGCCGCCCGCAAGCUGCGCAACCAUCGCCGCGAGGGCCGCUGGGCCGACCUGUCAUACAAGAAGCGCCUCCUCGGCACGGCGUACAAGUCCUCGCCCUUUGGCGGCUCCUCGCACGCCAAAGGGAUUGUGCUCGAAAAGGUCGGCGUCGAGGCCAAGCAGCCCAACUCGGCCAUUCGCAAGUGUGUGCGCGUGCAGUUGAUCAAGAAUGGGAAGAAGGUUACUGCUUUUGUGCCCAACGACGGUUGUCUCAACUUUGUCGACGAGAAUGACGAGGUCCUCCUUGCCGGAUUCGGUCGCAAGGGCAAGGCCAAGGGUGAUAUCCCCGGUGUGCGUUUCAAGGUCGUCAAGGUAUCCGGUGUCGGUCUGUCCGCGCUCUGGAAAGAGAAGAAGGAGAAGCCUCGUUCAUAGACAACGAGAGAGAAUGAAAGAAAGGGACUAGACACGGGAGGCCGAGAGGGAGGAAGGGCGGGUAAGGGAAGGGAAGGGGGAAGACGAAGCAUGAAGGGCAUGGGUUUGCAAGGCAAGGCAAGGUCGCGGGAUUCUGGUUUUGCCCAACUCUUCCCUUUCGUCGCCGUCGUCGUCGUCGUCGUCACUUCGUCAUCGGUAUAGCCAUUGUAUGUAUGUAUGCAUGGAGAUGAGCCAGAUGACAACAUGAAAAUAGCUCGCCCAAUAAUCAAGAGCAG